UGGAGCUCCAGGCGGCACAUUUGUUUUUCACUGGCCGCUUCAGCGACAGUGCAGAUGUGUAUUCUGCUAUCUUGCAGAUGGUCGACGACACACCUGAGAGACGAGCAAGGAUCUUCACCGGCCGAGCAGCUGCCUUCCUCUCGGCGGGUGGGCGGGUUGCCGAGGCAUGCGGGGAUCUGGGCCAAGCCUUCGACGCGCACCCUGCUUGUGCCCGAAUUAACUUCCAAAGGCUCUUCACUGAUCUCGGUAUGGGCGAAGCUGCUCUCAACCAUCUUCGUCAGCAGGCUGAAAAGGGGCUGUCUGCUUUCUGGGAGGUGGUCCUCAUCCGAACGGACCUGAGGUCCCCAGAGGGAGUGGAACUUCUGGACCCUGCAAUCACGCAGUUACGGACCCUUUGCCAUUUGGAGCCUGACGGUGGAGGACGAGAGCUGCGGGUGCGACUGGCCGAAUGUCUUCUUCUCAGGGGGGCGCACAAGGAGGCCCUCUCUAUCUGUAGCAAGCUGGCAGCUGCCAAAGCUCACCAUAGCUAUCAAACCACCGUGCAAGUUCUCUGUGGAUAUGCGCGACUUCUUACAAAUGACCACAAGGGGGCUCUAGAGGACUUCCAGGCUGUGAUCGAACACAACGCCCCCCACCCACCCAGCUGUGUGCGGGCACUCUGUGGCAGGGGGGUUCUGCGCAUGACGUGGGGGUUCAACUACCUCACAGCACUCGACUAUGUGACAGCCAGCAGGUUGCGCCCACAGGAAACUGUGUUGACCGUUCGCUGUCUGGUGCCGUGGAACCUCCGGGGUCUGCUUUUGACUGUUUUACUGGAGCAGGGCCGGGUCAUGCUGGAGGGGGCCGGAGGCCGCCAUUCGGCCUCAUGUGAAAACUCCCAGCAAACCCAGCAGGAGGGUCAGCUGCAUGCCACAUCGAAGCCAGACGAGCACAGAGCUGGGUCUCCUGCUGGUGUUCACUCCCUUGCUGUGCUGCUCAUGGAGCUCCAAGCAGGCGCUGAUGGGCCUCAGAUUUUAGCAGCAGAUGCCUUGUACCAGCUGGGACGAGUGGAGGAGGCGUAUCGCUUGCUGUUGCUUUCCAUCGGGCCUACAAGUCCUCGGGCAGCCAUCCUGGCCCGACUCACCUUGCUGCAGCUGCACAGGGGAUUUCUUUAUGACACCAAUCAGCUGCUAAAAAAGCUCAUUCAAUGUGGCGACACCAGUUGCUUGCGCCCCCUGUUGGCGGUGGCAAAGCAGAAGGACCGAACACUGUUGCAGGCACGCUGCCACGCCGCUGCCAAACGCAUCCUGGAUGGCACGACGAAGGAUAGCGCCAUCAGGGAGGCUGUGGCGUACCUCUCCAUCGCCAUCAUCAUCGCUGGUGGCGAUGCAACAGACUUCUUGUUGGCGAGAGGGAGGUGUUAUGCUCUGCUCGGCCAAAGAAAGACAGCUAUCUUUGAUUUCAGUGCCAUUCUCAAGGAACACCCCAAACAUGUUCAAGCCCUCUGUGGAAGAGGCUUCACAUACCUCCUGCUCAACCAGCAAAAGGAAUGCACGCAUGACAUCCUGGCGGCACUACAGAUAAACAUUGAUGAGGUCACCAAAGACCUUGCGUCACUCAAGGACAGGGCACGCAAACUGGUCUGUGAUUGGCUGCAUCAGUUCUGCAGGAGCAGCCUGUCAGACUUCCUGGUCACCAAUGCUGUCCCCUGCCAUGAGGAGCAGCUCAGGGAGGCUUCCAUAAUCUGUGCUGCUCUGAUAAGGACUGACUGCGCAGCCGCCAGAUGGCAUCUUCUCUGUGUUGACAUACUUUUAGCCAAAGGUGAAGUGGAGGCGGCAGGUGCCCACUUGAACCAGGUGUUGAGCCAGGAGCCAAUAGAUGCUGCAGCUCAGGCCAGGGCAGGUGCGAUAGAGGCUUGGCAGCACAACUAUUGCAGUGCAGCUCGCAAACUCUGCAAGCUCGCUGAGAAAGAGCCGUCGUGUCUGGACCUUUUGUUGGCUCUAAUCCCACUCAAUCAGAGGAAACAGGUAGCAAAGGCAGCAGCACAGGAUGCCAGCAGCAGGUCUUCAGAUGGAUGCUGGGAUCAGGCCCUCUCUCUCCUGACUGUGGCAGUACGAGCAGCAGACAAACACAGACUCCAGUAUCUUCGCCAGCGGGCAGCUUGCCUCGCUCGACUUGGCUUACACGAGCGGAGCAUAGCCGACCUUGAUCGAGUCAUUCAGAAACACGGCUCUUCUGAUGCCAGCUGGUCUGACAGUCCCCAAGUAUGGGCAGAAGACCUGUGUUGUCGCGGACGCAGCCUGGUGCUGUGUUCCAGAGAAGGAAAUGCUCUUGAGGACUACAGCAGGGCCCUUGAGCUCCACAGGGAGGGGACUAUCCGAUGUGUAGACGAAGGUCCCGGGAGGCUACGUCUGGCCAAGUGCUUUUUGAGGGGCGCACUGCAGCAGUAUAGCGAACAGCAGCUCAGCAAAGCUUGGGCCUUGAUUGAAUGUGGCCUUGUUGUGGACGGCGACAAUGCAGAACUGCGCCGACUAAGGGCAAAGGUCAAACGAGAAAUGGCCAGCCCCUGUAAUGUCAACUAGUGAGUCCACAAAGCAAUUGGUGACCCAGUCCACUAUCUUUUAGGACAGUGGUUUUCAAACUGGGGACUUCCAGCUGAACUUUGGGGUACACUAAAUAAUGUGCAGUAAAUUAGACUUUUUUGUUUCAUAUAUUUUUUCCCAAGUCCAUACCUACAAAUAGUUUGGGGAACAGUGUGCCAAUAAACAAACAUACUAAACCAAUUACUUUUCCCUACCUUGGCUUUGGGAGAAUUAAAAGCUCUGAUAUGAUAGUGACAUAUCACAUAUACAUUUAUCUGAAAUCCUCGCAUGCAUGCAGCAUUUGUUGUACAUGUGAGUCAAGGUGACCGCGGCAAAAUAUUGGCAGCUCGGGUCAAACGUUUCCAAUAUGGCUAAAUCACUUUUUUUGGAACGUAUAGAUGGACAUCAUGUUCAGCGUGAAUGACUCAGUGAUUGCCUUCCUCCAGGCUCUUGUCAUGUUGAACAAAAUGUGAAAAUGAUUACAUUCUUAACGGGAUUUGAACUGACUUGUCGCUUUAAAAAAAAAAAAAUUUGCUCCAGUGGUCAGAAAAGUCGCUAAAUAUAGCAACCAAAUCACUAAGUUGGCAAGACUGACUGCUUUUGUGAACUAGCUUCUGUUGGCAGAAUGUAAGCAGUGCACGUUAGCCAGCAACGAUGAAUAAAUAUUCAAUUUAAUUCAACUAAAUUUGUAUAUUUUCCUUUCUUUUGAACAGGUAAUUAAUAUUUAGUUUGAAAAGAAAUAGCCCCCAUGGUAUUUAGGGGGGCGGCACGGUGGCCGACUGGUUAGAGCGUCAGCCUCACAGUUCUGAGGACCUGGGUUCAAUCCCCGGCCCCGCCUGUGUGGAGUUUGCAUGUUCUCCCCGUGCCUGCGUGGGUUUUCUCCGGGCACUCCGGUUUCCUCCCACAUCCCAAAAACAUGCAUGAAUUGGAGACUCUAAAUUGCCCGUAGGCAUGACUGUGACUGCGAAUGGUUGUUUGUUCCUAUGUGCCCUGCGAUUGGCUGGCAACCAGUUCAGGGUGUACCCCGCC